CUUUCGUUUCAAAGACCACGACGUCGUUAUGAAUUUUCCGUCACGUGGAGCCCCACCGACUCUCCCUGCGAAUCGCCUAUAUUCUUUCCACCACUCGUAGUAGUUCACCGCCCAGUCUCUACGAUUUCGUCACCUGUGGUCUCCAUGCCCUGAUUCUUGCUUCCUCUUUCCUGCAUUCUGGAAGUAACUUCAUUGGGGCCACCUCUCCUCUCUCGCAAAUCUCCGCUACCUGCACACUUCUCGGUCUCUCACCCACCAACCCCAAUUCCAUAUCAAAAACCCUAAUUUUUCUCUCUCUGCACCUCCGUUUUCAGUUCUACAACGGCUCUGUAGUUCGCCUUCAAGUGGGUAUACCUGCGUUCGAUUCGCAGCUGAGCCAUCCUAGAAAGUCAGUUACUGGAUUGAUGAAUUGCGGGAAUCUCUGUUCUUAGUAUUGAGAGGGUGAGAUUUGGGGGGUUUCCAGGAAGGGGAUCUUAUGGUUGAUAAGAAUGGAGGAAAAUGAACAGAAUAAAAGUAGUGGAUUCAGGAGUUCCGGCGAGAGUCGUCCGCCGAAUCCAUUCGCUGCCGAAUACCGACAAUGCCUUAGCACCGAACGUGGGGCGGCACCAAGUAAGAAGUCCCUUGUUCGGCAUCCUUCUCUUAUGAAGACAAAGGUGUCUGAAAUAUCUGCUGAGCCAGAACCUGUUGUUGGAGAUUGCAAGUCUGUGUUCCUACCAAAUGUUCGCUCUGGAGGAUGUGCUGAUAUUGGGUUCCGUUCAAGCAUGGAAGACGUGUAUUUGUGCGUAGACAACUUUUUGCCAAAUUAUGGACUCAGGAACCACAUAGAUGGGCCCAGUGCAUUUUAUGGGUUGUUUGAUGGACAUGGCGGAAAGCAUGCUGCUGAUUUUGCUUGUCAUCAUUUGCCAAAGUUCAUUGUCGAGGAUGAAGGCUUCCCAAGUGAUAUUGAAAGGAUUAUUGCAUCAGCAUUUUUGCAGACAGACAAUGCCUUUGCUGAAGCUUGCUCUCUUGAUGCUGACCUUGCUUCUGGUACCACUGCUCUGGCUGCUGUUGUCAUUGGAAGGAUGUUGGUGGUGGCAAAUGCUGGAGAUUGUCGAGCAGUGCUGUGUCGCCGUGGAAAGGCUAUUGAGAUGUCAAGGGAUCACAAACCGACACACAGCAAAGAGAGGAAGCGCAUUGAGGCAUCUGGAGGUCAUGUGUCUGAUGGAUAUCUCAACGGACAGCUCAAUGUAGCCCGCGCUCUAGGUGAUUGGCACAUGGAAGGAUUGAAAGUCAGAGAUGGUGGACCUCUUAGUGCAGAGCCUGAACUUAUGACCACAAAUCUGACAGAAGAGGAUGAAUUUCUCAUCAUGGGCUGUGAUGGGAUUUGGGAUGUUUUUAGGAGCCAAAAUGCUGUGGAUUUUGCUAGGCGAAGGCUUCAGGAGCAUAAUGAUCCAGCCAGGUGCAGUAAGGAUUUGGUUGAUGAAGCUUUGAAGAGAAAGAGCGGAGACAACCUAGCGGUGGUUGUGGUUUGCUUCCAGCAGCAGCCUCCGCCUAACUUGGUGGCACCGCGCUCUAGAGUGCACAGGAGCUUCUCUGCUGAAGGCUUGAGGGAGUUGCAAAGCAUCCUGGAUAGCUUGGGCAAUUGAGUUGAUGCUAGUCCUUUCUUUUUUUUCCCCGGAUUUCUCUUUGUACCUCAUAAGAUUCAUUCGUAGGAUUUGACCGAGAGUACCUUAACUGUAAUAUAUGCGGCAUCCAGUCCACUUUUAUUUUGGUUUUUGACAAUGUGAAAUUAUUCGCAUUGGGUACUUCUUUUUGCCUUGUUUCCAAAGGCCAAUCGGGAAUAAUAUGCGUCGACGAUGAGAUUCCGAGUA